AUGUUUUCACAAUUGAACGAUAAGCAAAUGAAAAUUGAUCUUUCGCGAACAACAACUGCAGCAGCACGUAAUCCUGUUGCAACGGAAUUAGAAGAGCUUUAUGAAAUAUUCAAUAUCUUGAUAGGUGGUAUCGAGACAUUGACCAAUGAUGAGCAACGUCUAACCAAUGAGUCACUUCAAAUACAAAUAGCACUUCUAACAUUGAAGGAAGAUUUAUCGAAGGUUAAAUUAUCCAUUGAAGAAUCAAAUGCUUAUUUGGACGCAAUAAAACACAACCAAGACAUUCUAAAUCAAGAUUUUACGUCAUUAGAAGAAAAAAUUAAUGAUUUGCAAUAUGUUUCAUAUGAUGGAACAUUGAUUUGGAAAAUUAUAAACGUUCGAGAGAAAAUGACUGAUGCACAAUCUGAAAGACAAACAUCAACUUAUUCACCUCCAUUUUAUUCAUCACCAAAUGGUUAUAAAAUGAGAGCUCGUUUAUAUUUAAAUGGUGAUGGAAAUGCACGCCGUACACACAUGUCACUCUUUUUUGUUCUCAUGCGAAGUUCGAACGAUCCAAUUCUUAUAUUUCCGUUCAACUAUAAAGUCAUAUUUUGUUUAUACGAUCAAACACCUCAACAACGACAUAUCAUCGAUUCAUUUCGACCAGAUAUUAAAUCGAAUAGUUUUCAACGACCUCGAUCGAAUAUGAAUAUAGCCAGUGGUAUACCAAAAUUUUUUCCGUUAGCAAUGAUUCAACAACAAGGAAAUCCAUAUGUACAAGACGAUACAAUGUUCAUCAAAAUUAUGGUUGAUUUUAGAGACACACUAAAAACGUUAUUGCCUUAUACUAUGAGUCUCAAUCCAGGUCUUCCAAUGCAUAUUCAGCAUGCAAUGAUCAAGCAAGAAGCAGACCGAAGAUCUCAAUCACAGUCGGAUGAGCGACAGUAG